UGCUCAUCCGGGAGUUUGUUCGCCAAUGAGUCAGUAAAGCGAUGAAUGUAAAAACAACCAGAACGAAAGAAAUGACGAGGAAAUAAGCCGGUAACCGAAAAUUAUGGACCAAAUUCUGCGAGGAAUUGUCGCUUCGGAUCAUCCCGAAAAUGUGAAAAAAUCCCUGAUACAGCAACUUGUUUCAAAGGCAGCCAGUGACAUCCCAGAAGAGCAAUGCAACGCACUUUAUGAGAUGAGCUGUCAGUGGAUGGCCGAAGGGAAUGCAGGAUUUUUAGGCGAAAUGGGAAAACUGUUACUUUUAUCAUGGGGAAAACACCACAAAGAAAUCUUCCAGAGGUUCUUUACGGAAACACACUUAAUAAAUCUCUUAGAAUCAAGCGAAAAACUCUCUCCUGGACACAUCAAUUUUGUGCGUGUCUCAUUUGACUUGCUUCAACACACACCGCAAAUCUUUUCCUUGUACACUCUUGUGAGACAUCGCGUUCACACAGUAUUAACACAGAAUCUAAGCAUAGAGUUAGGCGCAGCUGUGUGCCGGCUAUUGAUAGAAUAUCCUCAUUGUUGGCCAGUGGGGGAGCGUUUACUACAAGUUAAUGUUGCUUUAAUUUGUGCUCUGAGCAAAACACAACUUCCCAAAUCUUCAAAAUCAGAAUUGAAGUCAUGUAUACAAAGUGGUGGACUUAUUGGAGCAUUGCUUAAUCAGAUAUGGACGAAGAACCAGAAUUUGUUAUUUCCAGUUUUGACAGAAAUCUUCAAUGUAAUAUCUAUGCCAGGAACUAACCCAUCGGUUGCCCUUGCCUCUGUUGUGGGAUUUUUUUCCCCUGAGGUUAUUACGACUGCGACAAGACUUGCUGCCUCUAAUCCUGCAGUCACAGACGAGCGUAUGGCCCUUGCACUAGGGCGCAUGAUAAGUUGGCUUUCCUGGCCUGGCGGUAAAAGGGUUGACCAAUGGAUCGUAUCUUUUCUGCGUGCUCUGGCAAUGUCUGGAAAACAUGGUGUCCUCAUUAAUGUCACCCUGGAAAAAUUACCACAAGUGUUUAGCCGGCUUCUGUUUCCUGUUGUUCGUGAGAGCACAAUGGUUGUGCUAUCUCAUAUGCUUCUCAGCUUCCAACACUCUCCCCAGGCCUUCCACCUGAUUGUUGAGCAUGUACCGGACCUUGUGAAGAGCCUAAGGAAAGAGGACAGUGUAUCAUCCAAGGCCUGUCUCCAGACGCUAGCUGAACUAAUGCACUGCCUCAUGUACCAGCACUCUGGUUUCCCAGAACUGUACAGCCCUGUGCUUGACUGUUUACAAGACAUGACAAAACCAUCAGAUGCCAUGAUCAGGAAAUGGCUGGCACAGAGUGCGUGGUCAGCCCAAGCAGUACAGCUUGCCUCGCCACGAAUCACUUCUAAGUCUGAGACAGGAAGAACAGGUCUUGUUAACCUGGGGAACACAUGUUACAUGAACAGCGUUCUACAGUCACUCUACAUGCUUGAGGAGUUUCGCUCACUGGUCAUGAUGAAAAAGACUGUCCCACAGUGCCACAAGGUGCUAUCUCAACUCCAGGAGGUGUUUGCUUUUCUGAGUCUGAGCCAACGGGCUGCCUUUGCACCUUCCAAAUUCCUUCAUGCUGCUCGUCCCCCCUGGUUUGCACCUGGUACACAGCAAGACUGCUCUGAGUUCCUAAAGUAUAUGCUGGACAGACUAGAGGAGGAAGACAAAAUCCAGGCGGGUGUAAAUAGGAGCAUGUCUGGUGCCGGUCUGGGGCAGGACAUGAUUUCCAAUAUUAUUGAAGAUACCUUCAGUGGGAGGCUUAUUGUUUGCCACAGCUGUAGACGCUGCCGCCACGUGUCCUGCCGCGAAGAAGCCUUUACAGACCUCCCUCUCGCCUUCCCUCACCAGCGCGACGCGGCCAGCAUCACCUCCUCGCCCAAGCCUGACAACCCAGAGGAGGCCCCAGCUACCGACAGAAGCCUCAAGGGCGGGGACAUCGGACAACGCCCUCCUGCAGCAAGCAUUACCGCACCGGACGAGGAAGCAGUGGCUAGUGAUGAGAGUUCAUGUGGUGCUACUGCUGCGUACUCGUAUCCCAGUCAGGUCAAGUCUUCGGCUACAGGUAUCGGGGCUAGUGAUCCUUCCAUAUCCUUAGAAGAAAUGCUGGGAUACUUCUUUGAGCCGGAGAUGCUCGAGGGCUCCAAUCAGUAUCAUUGCGAGCGUUGCCAAGGGCUCCAGGAUGCUGAGCGUAGCGUGGUGAUCGCCAACGCGCCCAUGUUUCUUGUAUUGACUCUAAAGAGGUUCUCAUAUAAUGUACGGACGCACGAGCGAUCAAAGAUCCUUCAAAGCGUUUCUUACCCCGCGAGGUUACAACUGUCGAAUGUUUGUGUUCCACCUUCGCGACGGAACUCUGUGUGUGAGAAUGAUAGUGCAAAUUCUCAGGUAGAAUUGAACGAAAAUAUAUCGGAGUCUCUAGAGGCUCCGCCCCCUAAAUGCACCAGACAGGACUUUGACUCAGAUUAUGGCUCUGCUGGAACCGAUGACCCUUUCCAGGAAUUGCGCGCCACAAUUGCUGUUGAGAAUUUUCCUUCGGAGACGAUGUAUGCCCUCACGUCCGUGAUCGUGCAUUCGGGCACGUCUUCCGAGAGUGGACACUACUAUUGCUACGCAAUACCCUCCGGUCGGGUGAGCCUAACAAAGAAUGCACCGAAAUCGGUGCAAACGACCUCCAAACGACCUCAGGACAAUCUCAAAAACUUCCCCUCACCUCGAAAAACACGUACACCGUCUUCCCAUCAGUCACCGCAAUCUGCCCCUCCCUCGUCACCUUGCACCCCUUCAUCAUCUACCGCCCCUCCCUUACCUACUAACCCUAAGUCGCCAUCUGAAGCACCUUCCCUGAAUAACCCUAACCCUCGCUCAUCAUGCACCACACCUCCAUCAUCUGACACCACAAACUCAUCGUCUGCCGGCCCUUCUGCUACAAAUAAUGCCUCUCCCUCGUCUUCACCUUACGUCGCUUCAGCGCCUGGCAAAGACUCAAGCGCGAGCGCGAACUCGUGGUAUCUCUUGAACGACAGUCGCGUCUCGUACGCAAGUUUUGAGUCGUUUUCCGACAUUACUAAACGCUUUCCUAAGGACACUCCCUAUGUGUUAAUCUACAAGAACAUCAGUCGCGCGCCCGUAGCGAGAGUGGGUGAGCAGCUGGAUGGGGAGAUACGCCAAGACUUAGUGGAUGCUGUAACGCGGGAUAACCUACAAUACCUUCAGGAGAGCGAGCGUUCGUCCAGUCACGCAAGUCGUGGAGUCUCGCAUCCGCCUCGUAGUGACGACGAUGGGGAUAAUGGUCCUUCUGGUAGCUGCGGUCCUGGCUCCGGUUUUAAUGCGCCCUUCAAUAGAUUUGUUUUCUAGACGCCUCGUCUACUAUUCGAAUUCAGGUUGAAUGGUGAACCACGGGGUCUGCUCCUAGAACCUUGUUAUAAGAAGCAAUAGAAUUUUGAUGUAGAGUGGAAAUCUAGCGCUGUUACCGGCCAAUGAUGAACUUUGGGCUCUGAUUAAUGUGAAAUGGUGUACCUAAAGGGUGCGCUGCUGGGACCUUCCCAGAAGCAGUAGGCUUUUUACUGAUGUAUGGACAAAAUAUAGCCCUGUUACCCGCCAUUUGUGAAGGUUUGGCUCUUUUUAUCAAAUGGCACAAACGAUUGAUCUGAUGCAUGAACUACGAGAGUCUUAGAGUUGUCUCUGUUACAGACUGCUCAUAAGCUUUAAUUGCUUUGCCAUUCUCCGUCAUUGUCCAUCAGUUUUUGGCCGUUAAUUUAUUUUUGUUAUAUUUUGAGAAUACUGUUACGGCUUGAGAAAUGGACUAGAACAGAGAAACCAUAAGCCUGUAAGGUUGCAAAUAAAUUAAUUAUUAAAUGGCGUAAUACGAAAAUAAGGUCUUUAAAAUACUUCAUAAUAAAUUGCUAGUUCCUUUA